AUGACAGAACAAUAUUUCGAAAACCUGUUCUUAAUUCGCUUGAAAGGAGCUUCUAUCCUGAGCGCAGGGCUGCUGCUUGCAGGGUGCCCCCCGGAGCGCUCCUUCCGCUGCGGGGACGGCGAGUGCCUGUCGCCGCGCUCGCGCUGCAACCAGCUGGUGGACUGCGCGGACGGCGCGGACGAGCGCGGCUGCGCCUGCGCAGACUACCUGCGCGCGCAGUACCUCACGCGCAAGUUGUGCGACGGCGUCGUCGACUGCUGGGAUUACUCGGACGAAAACCAAUGCGAGUGGUGUUCGCCGGGGCAGUUCGUGUGCCCUAACUCGCAGGUGUGCGUGUCGCCGGCGCGCCUGUGCGACGGCGCGCGCGACUGCCCCUACGGCGACGACGAGCGCCAGUGCGUCACCGUGUCGGAGACGGCCGACGCGGCGGGCGACUUCCCCUACCACUCCGAG